AUGAAGGGAAAAGGUCAGAAACAGUAUGGUGAAUAUAUCUUUAUAUAUAGCGGUGUGAAUAAGGAUGAGCGGGCAAGGGAAGGAGCAGCAAUAGCUUUACACAAUAAAUACAAGGACUGCAUAGGAGAAUGUCAGUAUAUAUCCUCGAGAAUACUUACUGUCAAAUUGCACAUAGGAGACCAAGAACUGUAUAUGAUAUCCGCGUAUGCGCCCGAAGACAAUAAAAUGAAACAAGUACGGGAAGAAUUUUAUGACCAAUCCCAGGGUGUCGUUGAAUCUAUCCCACAGCGCAAACCAGUGAUAAUGCUGGGAGAUUUCAAUGCUCGUAUUGGAAACGAAGUCUUACCUGGAAUUAAACAACGGUUCAACGAAGAUGUGCUGAACUAUAAUGGAGAACUCCUAGUCAACAUGUGUGCACUCAAUGAACUCCGAAUCAAUAACACCUUCUUCGACCACAAACCCCAAUACAAGUAUACUUUCAGCAAUACUAGAGGACAACAAUCCAUGAUCGAUUAUAUAAUAACGAACAGAUGCCUACAACCACUUCAGAUAUUGGACGUACGAACCCUAAAUUCAGCUAACAUCGGAAGCGAUCACAAAUUACUCCUGGGAAAAAUCAAGAUUAAACUAAAACCACACAAAAACACAGGACCAACCUCACCAGAGGAAAAAAUAAACGUGGGAGCAUUGUGGAAUGAAUCCACCACGCAAUUAUACCAACAGCGCCUCAAGGAAAAAAUAAAAAACAAUCCAUUGGUGGAAAAAGGUGAUAUUAACAACAGCUGGGAUAAACUAAGGAGAAAUAUCAUGGAAGCAGCCAAUGAAGCACUCGGAACAAGAAAAGUGAUCCCGGGUAAAGCAGGAUGCAACAGGACCCCCUGGUUCUGCGAGAAAGUUAAAGAGCAAUGUAAAAGGAAAAAGAAAGCCUACCUAAAAUACAGGACAACACUAUCUGUGGAAGAUCACGAAGAGUACAAAAGAAUUAGAAAUAUUACUAGAGCACUAGUGAGACAAGUUAAAAAUGGGCACUGGGAAACCUUCUCAAAGAGAAUGGAAAGCGAUUUCUAUGGCCUACAAAAGCAGAUAUGGCGACUGAUCAGAAACCAGAGAAAGGAAGCAUGCGAGUUAAUUAGCAGUAACCGCAUACCAAAGGAUACUUGGGUCAAUUACUUAAAGGAGCUAUACAAGAAACAGCAGACUGAAUUCGAACUUAGCACUCCUGAGAUCAUUAUUAACAACGACAUAAUUUUGGAAAAGAAGAAAGUGAAACAAGCUCUAAAGCAACUAAGGAACAGAAAAAGUGCGGGACCUGAAGGUAUCACCAAUGAACUGCUGAAGUACGGAGGAGAGAGUCUGACAGAACAACUGAAGAUCAUGAUCAAUAACAUUUUACACAUCACAAAAUACCCGACGAAUGGAGAAUUAGCACGACAAUACUCUUGUUUAAGAAAGGAGAUAAAGAAGUACCAGCAAAUUAUAGAGCGAUCAAUCUUCUCUCUACCACUUUGA